AUGUUAUCAUUUUUGUCAAGAUGGCAGCCCCCAGCAAACUCUGGGAGAUUGCGACCUGUUAUGAACUUGGUCAUUGUUGGACCCCUAGUUGCGUAGCAGCUACUUUAUCUGUAGGAAAGGCAUCGGUGAAAUAUUCUCUGAAAUUGUAUACUGCAUUCUACUUAGUCUCACACACAUACGGACGUCUGAAAAAGAAACAGAGAUUGACUUGGUCACGCCUGGUGCCUUUCUUUCGUGACGUCUUCCAGUCGACAUUGUUUCUUUCUAGCAAUGUCUCAAUGGUCAUAUCUGCAUUCUGUGUAUUUAGACAUUUAUUUGGAGGUUUUUAUACUGGAUUUGGUUUUAUUUCUUCAUUUCCUGCCUGCUUUAUUGCCAUAUUGACUGAAAGAAAAAGCAGGAGAUCAAUGCUAGCACUCUAUACAAUGAAUCUUGCCAUGGAAGUAGUAUUCAACAUGUGUAAGCAGAGGAACUAUGUCUCACCAAUCAAGAAUGGAGAAGUUUUGAUAUUUGCAGCUGCCUCAGCAAUCAUCUUCUGUAUGCUCCGGUAAGACCCCUAAAAUCUUUAUUUUAUCAUUUCCAAAGUUUUUGGAUUGUGAAGCUGAAAGGGAGAGGGAAAAUCACAAACUUGGGAUUGUUCAAUUCCUACUUCGUUAUAAGAGGUCUAAUUUUUAGAUGAUCAUGAGAGUCACGUGAAUUCUUGAUGUUGAAUGAAUGUAUUUUGAUCAGUAAAUGAGAUGUUCUUUUCACCGACUGAUACACUACAGCUAUGAUUGGAGAAAAGGGAAAGCAUCAAUGUGGAAUAAUGAAAGAUUUCAAAGAGCGCCCUCUUGCUUCCUGAGGUAUACAGCAUUUUUUUCUGAAGGGAAAUGACUUGUUGGGAGUAAAGACACAUUUUCAUAUUUAUAAGUUGAUUUAUCUGACAAUCAAGCAAUCCCUUUGUGAUAUUUUUUUUGUAAGAGAGAUUCAGAAUUUUGAUUUAUACUGGGCUAUUAAGGACUUACUAAUACAAAAAUGUAAAUAUUGACUUUUUUAAAUUUCUAUUUAAAAAGUGUGUAUAAAAAUGAUCAACAUUCGAUCUGUUGUGAAGUAUAGAGUAUUGAAUUGCGGUGUAAUCAAUUUUCCAUUUUUGCAUUUAAGCUUUUUUGAUGCCAUGUUUUCGUAGUGCACGAUGAAAUACCUCCAUAACCCAAAUUUGGUGGAAAUCGGUAAACGGGGCCUGAGAUAUGACCUCAUGAAUACAUUAUUAGCUCCAAUGAAAUAAAACUUGAAAU